UUUCUCUCUGUUUCGUUUUCUGGAUCUUGUGUUUUUCUACACUUUUGUGGAGGAAAAUAAAAUAUAAAGGUGGAGGCUUUACAACAAAAUUACUUGUGCCCCAUAAGAUUUGAAUUAAACGCUGAGCAUAAAAUUAUGAUAUUCUGGACUGUUGUUUCAGUUCCACUGCUCAGAACUUGAAUACAUGUUGCAGUCACCAUUACAUGUAUUAAACAUUUUUUAGCACAGUCAAUGAAAGUUGUAUAAUUUAUCUGCAUGCAGAAAAAAGCUAUACUUGGUUCAAGGUUUACCGAAAAUGAGGAAGUGGUAUGGAGGCCUGUUGAUAAUAGCUCUGGGUACGAUGCUAUUUUUCCUCUACAACCUGAAAGGAAUGCAGCCACAGAAGCAGUCAGCAAAACAAUCAGCAUACAAUUUCUUUAAUAACCAUGCACCAGAUGAUUCUAUCAAACAAAGCAAUAAUCUUCCAGUAAACUCUUCCAAGAUGGAAUCAAAAAGGGUACCAAAACCAACAAAAAGGCCAUAUUUGGUACAUGUUGCAGGGCUCGAUGAUCUGUAUGGUAUGAAAAACUUAUCCAAAGGAGAGAUGGAUUCUGUGCUUGUUUGGGAUUCCUUACGUACCGUGCUGUCAAGGUCAGAUGCUUUGGAUGAAACAGCUCAAGGAAUUAAAGAGGCUUCUGUAGCAUGGAAAGAGUUGCUGUCCACCAUUGAAGAGGACAAAGCUUCCAAGCUUAAUAAGAUGGAUGGCCCAGAAAAUAAAAACUGCCCAUUCUCUGUGACUUCACCUGGUAAGGCUGAACUAGAUAAUGGAAUCACUCUUGAUCUCCCUUGUGGUCUGGUGGUAGAUUCUUCUAUUACACUGAUUGGAAUCCCCAAUGGACAAAACAGAAGCUUCCAGAUUGAUCUUGUUGGGCAAGAGCUAGAAGGGGAGCCAAAACCUCCAGUUAUCUUGCAUUAUAAUGUGAGUCUUCCGGGAGAAAACAUGACAGAAGAACCAUAUAUUGUUCAAAAUACAUGGACUAGUGAUUUAGGGUGGGGAAAAGAAGAAAGGUGUCCUGCACAUGGCUCUGCCAACAUCCAAGAAGUUGAUGGACUUGUUCCCUGCAAUGUGCAAGCAGUCAGAAGUAACAGCAAAGGGAAUGGAAAUUUUGGUCAAGCUGCUAGUAUACCUUCUAAUAUUUCCUCAGAAAGUGCACAUAGAAAUGCUAUUUUCCCCUUUGCUGAGGGUAAUCCUUUCACUUCCACAUUGUGGGUUGGUUCAGAGGGAUUUCAUAUGACUGUGAAUGGAAGGCAUGAAACAUCUUUUGCAUAUAGGGAGAAACUUGAACCAUGGUUAGUCAGCAGUAUUAAAGUAUCAGGCAGUUUAAGUCUCUUGUCAAUCCUGGCUAAAGGUUUGCCUGUUACUGAAGAUAAUUAUAUAGUUGCUGAUGUUGAGAAUCUGAAGGCUCCUUCUAUCCCCAGAAAAAGGCUUAUUUUGUUAAUUGGAGUGUUCUCUACUGGAAACAACUUUGAGCGUCGCAUGGCCCUAAGGAGGUCUUGGAUGCAAUAUGAGGCUGUACGUUCUGGAGAAGUUGCUGUCCGAUUUUUCAUUGGGCUUCACAAGAACAAUAGGGUUAAUUUUGAGUUAUGGACUGAAGCUCAAGCAUACGGAGAUAUUCAAUUAAUGCCUUUUGUAGAUUACUAUAGUUUGAUUUCUUUGAAGACAAUUGCAAUUUGCAUUAUGGGGACAAAAAUCAUCCCUUCUAAAUACAUCAUGAAAACAGAUGAUGAUGCCUUUGUAAGAAUUGAUGAAGUGCUUUCCAGCCUCAAAGAAAAGCCAUCCAAAGGCCUUUUAUACGGUCUCAUAUCUUCUAAAUCAUCUCCUCAGAGGGAUGAAGGCAGCAAGUGGUACAUCAGUGAGGAGGAAUGGCCACAUGAUACAUACCCACUAUGGGCACAUGGUCCUGGCUAUGUUAUCUCUCGAGACAUAGCAAAAUUCGUUGUCAAUGGUCAUCAAGAAAGAAAACUCCAGCUCUUUAAAUUAGAAGAUGUUGCCAUGGGCAUAUGGAUUGAACAGUUCGCGAAUGGUGGUAAAGAAGUGCGUUAUAUGAAUGAUGAGAGGUUUUACAAUGCCGGAUGUGAAUCAAAUUAUGUACUUGCCCAUUAUCAAAGCCCAAGGAUGGUGCUAUGCCUUUGGGAGAAAUUGCAGAAAGAACGCCAGCCAGUAUGCUGUGAGUAGAUAUCUCUGUUUUUUUAGUUGUAAUAGUUGAUUUUGAAGUUUGAGCUUUUUUAAAUGUUUAGGUUAUAUGUAACUUACCACUAAUCAUCUUAUGUGUAUGUUGUAUCCUAUUGUUCAUUGAUUUAUUCAUUCAUUACAACCAUUUCAGCAGAAACAAUUGUUUUGCUUGAAAAUACAUGUAUUAUACUUCCUGUCA